AGUGUGGCCCCAGAAGUGCCACGUGCCAGUGCCCAUCAGUGCCAUGUGCCAGUGCCCAUCAGUGCCACCCAUCAGUGCCAAUCAGUGCCACCUAUCAGUGCUGCCAAUCAGUGCCACCUAUCAGUGCCAGUCAGUACCUCCUAUCAGUGCCAGUCAGUGCCGCCUAUCAGUGUCAUGUAUCAGUGUCAUGUAUCAGUGCUGCGUUUCAGUGCCCAUCAGUGAUGCCUGUCAAUGCCCAUCAGUGCAACCUACCAGUGCCUCCUCAUCAGUG